CGUUCUCUCCUUGUUCUGUAAGGCUCUCUGUUUCCGAUUCUGAAAUCUGCAUUCUCCUUUUCAACUUGGUUCUUGCCAAUGCCGAGAAAUUCGAUUUCCCAAUUCUCUUCAACAUGUUUAGGGUGAGUAACAAUUUGAUCCUGCUAAUAAAUUUCUCGACACUCAUUCUGUCAAUCCCCAUAAUAUUAGAAGCCAAAUCGCUAGGAAAGGAUAGCGACUGCGAGAAAUGGUUGCAGAAAGCGAUCCUCAUAUUCGGCAUUUGCAUCAUGGUAUUGUCCACGAUAGGUAUGAUCGGCGUUUGCUGCAGCUCCACCGCCUGCCUCUGCAUCUAUCUGUUCCUCAUGAAUUUGAUCAUCAUCGCGCUGUUCGCCUUCAACAUCUUCUUGUACGUGAUUACGAACAAAGGGGUUGGGGAAGCCGUGUCUGGAUUAGGUUUCGAGGAAUAUAGGCUUGGGGAUUACUCACACUGGUUGCAGAGGAGAGUGGAGAACGUCGAUAACUGGAAUAACAUCAAGAGCUGCUUGCAGCGAGUUCAACUCUGCGCUAAAUUUUACUCCGAUCAUCAAAACGACACUGUACAACCCUUCUAUCAAUCGCAUUUAUCUUCAGUUCAGUCAGGGUGUUGUAAGCCUUCAAGGGUGUGUGGGUUCGAAUACGAGUCGGCGAUAGUGUGGAAGAAGCCAGAAAACGGGACGACGUCGUCUUCGGAUCCAGAUUGUAAUGCAUGGGACAACAAUCCAAGUAUCUUGUGCUUCAAUUGCGAUGCGUGUAAAGCAGGAGUGCUGGAUAACAUCAGGAACAGUUGGCUUAAUGUGUGUGUUGUUAACUUCACUGUCAUCCUUUUGCUGUGGAUAUCUAUUCCAUUGGAUGCUGUGCUUACAGAAACGACCGAAGGGAUGAACUCAACUGUCGUUAUCUUCUAAGUUAUUAUCGUUAUUAGGAUUUCAGUUCUGUUAUG